AUGGAUGAAAUUAAAAUAAUUUUUAGUGAUGACUUAAAAUUAAGUAAACACUAUGAAGUUUUAAAAUCAUUUUUAAAAAGUGAAGAAGAAAAUGAUAAAAAUGAUAUGAAUUAUAGUAAUAUGUUAAAUUAUGAUAGUAAAGAAAUACAAGAACCUUCGAUAUAUUUUGAUAGUGUAUGCUUUAUAUAUACAAAUUUUUCUUAUAAAUCGCACUUUACUUUAAUUAAUGAAAAAAGAAAGGAAGAAAAGAAUCUAAUAUAUGAAGAAAAUGAUUCAAUCCAGUCUGAAGAAGAUAUAAAGAUUGAUGAAAAAUAUUUUCUCUCUUUAAUUUUAAUAAUAAUUGAUGAAAAUUAUUUAGAAUAUCAGUAUGAUAAAGAAAAAAAUAUAAUCCAUAAAAUAAAAAAGUUACAAAAAGAAUAUAAAAAUGUUAGAAUUGUGUGCAUAUUUUUGGGAAUAAGAGAAAUUCUAAAUAGAACAAACUUAAAAGAAAAUUAUAAAUUUGAAAAUAUAAGCAUAAAUGAAAAUAUUAUAAUUAAUAAUAAAGAUCUUGAUAGUUUUAUUGCGACAUUAUUAAUACAAUAUCAAGUUGAUUCAGUAGAAUUAGAUAAUAUAAUUCAUUUACAUAAAUACAUUUUUAAAUGUUGUAAAUAUUUAUAUCAAUCGAAAAUUAGAAAACCUAAUUCUUAUUUCAAAGUUAAACCAAUAGGUAUUAAUCAAUUUAAAAAUCCCAAUAUAAAUGAGAACAAAAAUUAUUCUACAUGGUUAUCUCAGUUAAUGCAAAUAAGUGGUGUAUCUGAAGAUAUAUCUAAAAAAAUAGCUGAAGUUUUUAAAACACCUUUUGAUUUGAUUAAGCAUUUCAAAAAAAUAGGUGACGAAGAAUGUUUAAAAGAUAUAGUUAUAAAUUCUUCUUAUGGAGAAAGAAAAUUAGGUAAAGCUCUAUCAAAGAAAAUUUAUCGGGUUUUUUCUCCAUAUUCUAAGCCUGAUAAUUUUGUUUCUUAA